AUGCCUACAAACUCAGUCAUAACAUUAUUUUUGGGCAGGAACUGUUUGAAUCUUCAGAUUAAUGUAACAUUUCAGAGCAUUACAAGAUCAGGCCAAGCAAAAAAAAAAGUACUGGAAGGAAAUGGUCAGCUGGAGUUUAGUAAAAGCCAGGCAUAUUAUGGUGCAGACAGAGAAGUUAAUGUGACACCGAUUUUCAAAUACGAUUAUUUCCAGUCUCACAAAUUUAGAAGAACUAGAGCAUGCAUUUGGCUUGCUAGUGUUUUGGCUGCGUUUGUUUACUUUUAUUACCUUAGGGAGCCAUCGGAUAUUGAUUCACUGUUGAACUGUCCGCCCUACGUGCUUACUGCAGAAUGCGAAAGAAGAGAGUUGCGUAAAAAGAUCGCAGAUGCCAGAAAGCGUGGGAAAAACACAGUUUUGCUAGAAGAGGAGCUUGAGUUUAUUGAUGUUAAAGAGCAGGCUAUGAAGAAGCAAUACCUGGACAGUCAAGUGUAG